CACUAAAAUCGGUACAAUAAUAUUUUCGAAAAGUUUGGGAGCUCUUAAAACCUACCUUUUCCCACUUCCGAGUUCUUCAUUCCCCUUACACAACAGAAGAGAAAAAGCUGUGCCCAUUUUGCUUUCUAAACUCAAUUUGCAGUCUUCCGUUUCCAGUUUCAAUCUUCAAUGUCUGCUUUAAUUCAAUUGGAGGAAGAGAUUGAAGGAGAUCAAAUUGGCUCCAAAAAUUAUCGUUUCUCCAGAAUCGGUACACCCGUUCCUAUAAAAUCCGGCGAAGAUGCUUCCUUUGAUAUCGAAAAUGAAUGUCCUCCUUUGCAACCCUUGGUCGUCUCUGAACGCUUUCGCCUUCUCUUCGUUGCACACUCCAAUGGGUUUUGUGUUGCGAGAACAAAGGAGGUUAUGACAUCUGCCGAAGAGAUUAAAGAGAAAGGUACUGGUCCCUCUAUACAAGAAUUGAGUGUUGUAGAUGUUGCUAUCGGAAAAGUCUCAAUACUUGCAUUGUCUGGAGAUGAAUCCUUGCUUGCCGCUUGUGUUGGCAAUAAAAUCCAUUUCUACCCUGUUAGCGCCCUUCUUUACAAGGACCAAACACCAGCCUUUUCUCAUUCUCUCAAUGAUUCAAGUAUCAUCAAGGAUAUGCAAUGGGCUAAAAAGGCAGAAAAGGUUUAUGUUGUCCUUGCAACUGAUGGAAAGUUGUAUAGCGGGGUUGGUCAAAGCCCCAUUAAACAAGUUAUGGACGAUUGUGAUGCUUUUGGGUGGAGUCCGGAUGGCGAGUUUAUUGCCAUAACAAGGAAGAAUUUGGUUAGCAUUCUAUCAUCAAAGUUUGAGGAGAAGUUCAGUAUAUUACUAUCAUUUAAGUCGCUGCUUGAUGAUCUUAAUACCAAAUACGUUAUCAAAGUGGAUGUUGUCAGAUGGAUUCGUCCUGAUUGUAUUAUAAUUGGAUGUCUUCAAGUUAAUGAUGACAAUGAAGAAGAGGAAAGUUAUGCGGUGCAAGUCAUCACAAGUGAGAAUGGAAGAAUAACUAAUCCUUCAGCUAAGCCAGUCGCAAGGUCCUUCAGGGAUGUAUUUCUUGACUUCCGUUACGAUGCAGUUCCUUCAUGUAGUGGACCUCAUCUCUUCUCGAGCUAUUUGGAUCAACAUCAGCUGGCAUUUGUGGCUAAUAGGAAGAAUUUGGAUCAGCACAUACUGCUGUUUGGAUGGUCAGUUGGUGAUACAAAGAAUGAAGCUGCAAUUAUUGAAAUUUUGAAUGAUAAUUGGUCUCCAAAGAUUGAGGCUCAUGACAUUGGUGAUGAUAUCUUGAUAUUGGGACUUGCCAUCGACAAAGUUUCCCAAAAUGGGGAAAUUAAACUGUUGCUUGGUGAAGAAGAAAAAGAAGUUUCACCAUGUUGCCUUCUCCUUUGUCUUACCAAUGAUGGAAGGCUUUCCAUUUUUCAUUUUGCUAGUGCUACUGCUGCUUCAGUAUCACCCCAAUCUACUGAUUUUGAAGAGAAAAACAACUCUUAUAAAGUGGCAUCAUCACAAGAUUUGGUAGUUGAAUCUUCCAGUGCUAGGAAGCAAAUCAACCAAGUAGAUUCAGGACUGCAACCCCAUGAAAUAGACAGAGGUCACAAAGUUCUUGCCACAAGUGCUCAAUCAUCUGUUGCAGAGAAAUUUAGCUCAGAAGAAGCGAUUAAAACCACAAAUCAGAACCAAGGUGCAAAUUUGAUGCUGUCUGCAUCCAAAACAUUUGUGUCUGUGGAUGCUGGAGGUGUGAAUAAUUUUAGGACACAAGAAACUGAAAAAGUAGCUGAAGUUAAACCUGGUUCAGUUUCUUUCUCAGGAAGUUCCUUAGGUAAUUUUUCCAUUCGUUCAAUUGGGCCAAGUGCUGGAACUGGCGGUGUCAUGGAGUUACCUGUAAAGAUAAUGUCAACAGGUUUUUCUACUGCUUCAUCACAGUCAAGCAAACUUCACAUUUCUUCAAAAAGUGAUGAAACACUUGCAUCCACACCAUUCAGUGGUGUUCCAAGAAGAAAUUUUGGUUCUCCUGAUAAAAAUUCUUCUAGCGCAAAUGAGAAAGCUGGAACUUCAGUAUCAAUCAGUUCUUACAAGCAAAAAGCCAUGGCGGGAGCAGGGAGUAUUGGAUCAUCACCUGUUUUUCCAGGCUCAAUGUUGCAAUCACAGAAAGGUUUUCUGUCGGAGCCCUCGAAGCUGCACUUCACCAGGGAGACAAGUGAAGGAACUCCAUUAAAGCAAUUCCAUGAUGUUGAAGAGAUGGCCAGGAAAUUGGAUGAUCUUCUAGAAGGUAUAGAAGGUGAAGGUGGGUUUAGAGAUGCUUCCAUCCGUGCUCACAGCAGUUCAGUUUUGGCAUUGGAGGAAGGUAUAGAGAGUGUAUCGGAGAAAUGCAGGAUAUGGAGAGCAGUAAUGGAUAAACAACUUGGGGAGGUCCAGCUUCUCCUUGAUAAGACAGUACAAGUUUUGGCAAGGAAAGUAUACAUGGAAGAAAUAUUUAAGCAAGCUACUGAUGAACGGUAUUGGAAUCUCUGGAAUCGCCAGAAACUAUGUUCUGAGCUGGAGUUAAAGAGGCAACAUGUAAACGAAGUUAAUAAGAGCUUGACCAGCCAGCUGAUUGAAUUGGAGAGACAUUUCAACACUAUCGAGUUGAAUAAGUUUGGCGACACUGACAGGAUACAAACAAGUAAAAGAGGUUUCCAGAGCAGGCCUGGACAACCCAGCUAUUUGCAUUUCAGGAAUUUUCAGUCCUUGCACAAUUUACGUAAUACAAUGACUACACAGCUAGUAGUAGCAGAGCAACUUUCUGAAAGUCUCUCGAAACUAAUGACUGAUUUGAGCAUAGAUUCUCCUGCAAAAGGUCAGAAUAUUAGGAAGGAAUUGUUUGAAACAAUUGGUUUAUCCUAUGAUGGUGCUUCUCACAAGUCUCCAGCUAGGGAAAAGGCUGAAAAUACACCUUUUAACAAGGAACUAUCAGUCUUUCUUGCUGUUAAAGAACGAUCCAGGAGAAAGAAGCCAAGUCCUGUGAAGAGCCUUGAGCCAGAGACAGCUAGGAGACGCCGUGACUCACUUGAUCGGAAUUGGGCAAGCUUUGAAACUCCCAAAACAACUGUGAAAAGGAUUGUUCUUCAAGAAGAUCGCCAGAAGGAAACUUCAAAUAAGUCAUCUUUGUCACUGGAUAAGAAACAUCACCAGUCUAGGAUGCGCGAGAGAUCAGCGACUGCUCAAUCAAAUAUCUUCAGUGCCUCUUCCAUCUCUCCAGAGCAAGUUAGAAGCAAAGAUGUACUUCCAAGACAUGCAGCUGAAAUGCCACCAAUUAUUUCUCCAGUAUCUUUACUGCAGCAUGAGUCACAGUUGACCGCAGUCACUAGCCAAUAUGGUUUAGUAGAUACUCACAAUCUUGCUACGACAAGAUCAGGCAGAAGCACAAUACCACUUAAAGAUAUUGUGCAAACAGGUGGACCAGGGGCCAUUCAUCAAUCGGGGAACAGAAUGCAGCAGCCAAACUCGUCAGGUCCUCCUGCACAGACAUUGGCCCCAAUCAAGUUUACAAUUGAUACUUCAAAUGCUGAUCGUAAACCUGGAAUCACCAAACCCAAGUUUACAAUUGAUACUUCAAAUGCUGAUGGUAAACCUGGAAUCACCAAACCCAAGUUUACAAUUGAUACUUCAAAUGCUGAUGGUAAACCUGGAAUCACCAAACCUGUCAGAGAUUGGAAAAAUGCACCGGUGACUAGUGGAAGUGCACAGUUUGAGUCUGACAGUAGUCUUAACUAUUCUUUACCAACUGCUGCUGCUGCUGCUAAUUCUGCCUUCACUCUGUCUGCUAAGGUUAUACACUCAGAAGUUGUGAAUAAAAGCCAAGGUAGUGAGAUUUCAUUAUCUGCCCAAGAAUCAACACAUAGUUCCUCUUCGCAUGCAAAAAUCAUGCCGUCAUCAUCUUUAUCUUCUUCACAAGAGCCAAUGUUCUCACCAAUAUCAUCCCCGUGGUCAUCAUUCGAAUCCGUUUCUAAAGCCAGUAUAGGUUCCAAUCAAAAGAUCUCUCAAUCAUCAGUAGCUUCUCUGACACAGUCUUCAUCUCUUCAAAGCACUCAAAAAUUGGAUACCUUACCCAUUACACCUUCUUCAGAUAGUACAAGGUCUGAGUCCCCAACAAUCCUGUCUCGACCUUUGGUUGCCAUACUUGAUAAGAAGGCUGAUACAAAUUCCGAUAAACCAGCUUCACUUGCGAAUCUAAGUACAAAGAUAGAUACACCACAAGAUCCAGCUUCACAGCCUGUUGUAUCGUUCAGUGUGUCUAAAUUACAAGCUGGACCUUUGGUACAAUCAAAUUCCACAAAUGAACAGUCACCCAGUUUGAAAUCUGCAAGUCAGGUCCAUCCUUGUGGGGAAUCAAGUCAAGUCUCAAAUGUUGGUUUGAAUCCUAUACCUGGACAGCCAUUUUCUGGUUCUUCCAUUCCACCAUCAGUGAAGAGUGAUUGUUCAGAUGUUGUCACCAAUGAGGAUGAGAUGGAAGAGGAAGCUCCUGAGAAUAAUCAGAUGACGGAGAAUGCACUGGGUAACUUGGCUGGGUUUGGUAUUGGAUCUGCUGCUACUCCAGUUUCUACAAAACCUAAUCCAUUUGGUGUUAUGUCACCGAAUAAAGCUUCAUCUCCAGCAAACACCUUAUUUACAAGUACAGCUUCAAGCAGUGAGUUAUUUCGACCAGCGUCAUUUAGUUUUCAACCAAUACAGCCACCUCAACCAUCAGCAACUGCAAAUUUUGGUGCCUUUCCUGGUAGCUUUAGCCUCACUUCCACGAGUCAGGCUCCAGCAGUGAGUGGGUUUGGCCAGCCGGCUCAGGUUGGACAAGGGCAGCAUGCUUUAGGUUCAGUUCUUGGUACUUUUGGACAAUCAAGGCAGCUUGGUGCUGGAAUACCCGGAACUGGUGUGGGAUCUGCAAGCUCUUUUGGCGGAGGUUUUAUGAGCAAUAGCUCUGCUGGUGGUUUCGGAGGUGGGUUUUCUGGAGUUUCUUCUACUGGUGGCGGGUUUUCCAAUCUGAGUUCUGGUGGUGUUGGAUUCGGUGCUUCUGCUGCACCCACUGGUGGAUUUGCUGCUGCUGCCACAGGUGCUGGUGGAUUUGCAGCCGCUGCCACAUCUGCUGGUGGAUUUGGAGCUGCUGCCACAUCUGCUGGUGGAUUUGGAGCUGCUGCUGCAGCUGGUGGUGGAUUUGCUGCUCCAACUGGUGGUGGUUCAGGCUUUUCAGGUGGUGGUUUUGGAGCUUUUAGCAGCCAACAAAGUGGUGGUAGUGGCUUCCCUGCAUUCGGUGGGAGUUCAGCUACUGCAAGACCACCUUCUCAACUCUUCACACAGAUGAGGAAGUAGUUCCAUGCACACAAAUUUUGAAAAGAAAAUUCUUAGGAAAGAAACAAAGGGGUAAAUGGAUGAUGUGAUAGAUGUUUUACUUGUAGAUUGUUGUAUUCUGGUUCAGUUCACUUUUGUGUUAUGAAGUUAGUUAAUCCGUGUUAUUAUUAGUUGUGGAUGAAGCCCAGUAAUGGGACUGACUCAAAAGUGGUUUCUCUUUGCAUUCUUUCUUGUGUAUUUCAUGUUACUUAUGCACUUGGCGAGUUGGAGCAACUGAACUUAUCAUACAGCUUUGUCCAUGUCUAUCCUUCUGUC